GGCAUUGAGUAAUUCUCUGCUCCUUCUUAUUUCUUGCUCUGCUCUUUGAUAGGUCACAUGUAAAAGGGGACUUCACGUCUUUCUUAAAGCUUUAUAUAAAUCAGAAACUAGGAGAUGCGUACUUGCGGCAGCUGGUGUGAGAAUGAAUGCUGACGAUUGCAAUGGCCGUUCUUACAUGUCAGGCAGUGGAGAUUCUUCGACAGAACGGGAGUUUUUUGCAGGGCUAAGGGGACCUACAGUGAGCACUCCUAACAGUCAGCACUCCUCUCCCAGUCGCUCCGUCAGUGCAAAUUCGAUCAAAGUGGAGCUCUACAGCGAUGAAGAAGCUGGUAGUGCCCCACUUGCAGAGAGAGGAGGAGGAGAGAGGGAUGAGGGAUGGAAGCAGGAUAAGGGAGAUAUCCCCGAGGAGGUAGGCGGAGAGACUGGAGGAGACGUAGGCGGAGGAGUGCUGGGUGAAGGAGGGAGCGGUUCACCUGGACCCAUUCGGCUCCCUAAUGGGAAAUUGAAGUGUGAUAUAUGUGGGAUGGUCUGCAUUGGCCCUAAUGUACUGAUGGUACACAAACGCAGCCAUACUGGCGAGCGGCCAUUCCAGUGUAACCAGUGUGGUGCGUCCUUCACGCAGAAGGGCAACCUGCUGCGCCACAUCAAGCUCCACUCUGGUGAAAAGCCCUUCAAAUGUCCCUUCUGUAACUACGCCUGCCGCCGUCGUGACGCACUCACAGGACAUCUCCGCACACACUCUGUUUCCUGUGGGGAAACUGUGGGGAAGCCCUAUAAGUGCAAUUACUGUGGGCGCAGCUACAAGCAGCAGAGCACACUGGAGGAGCACCGUGAGCGCUGCCACAGCUACCUACAGAGUCUGGACCACCAGCCUGCCCACAGCACGCAGUCUGCACAGGGUGAGGAAUGUCGUAACAUGGACAUGAUGGGUGACCCUCUGAUCCAGCCCUUUUCAGAAAAGAUGACCUUCAUUGAACGCGUGGCAAACAGCAUCACUAAAAGGAAGCGCUCCACACCUCAAAAGUUUCUGGGAGAAAAGCACAUGCGACUGAACAUGUCUGAUGCACCUUAUGAGAUCAACUCCAGCCCUGAGAAAGAGCGGGAUGCGAUGGGUCCCAAUGCUGGAAGUGACCCUGCUACUUUAGCUGUUAUGGGAAGCCGCUACCUCCGCACCGCCCGAGGAGGAAGCGAAGAGGUCGAGCCUCCUCGCUCCCUGCGCCUGCCUCCUCACCCUACUUGUGUGUCUGAGUUUACCCCUGUCAUCAGCUCCGUCUAUGGCCACAUCACCCCGCUGGGUCCGCGGCUAAACUGUGCAGGGGGCAUCAACAUGGUACUGCCUGGCCGAGAGGCAGGUGAGGGCCACGAAGACGUGCCCUCAGGGCGCAGCCAUGCUGACUCGCCAAGCAAUGGCUGCCAGGACUCCACGGAUAACGAGAGCACCACAGAGGAGCAAGGCAUCGGCCUUGGUGCUGUCAACCAUCGAGGACGUGAGCGCCACAGUCCUAGUCACGCCAAAGAAAUAGAAGUGGAAGGGGAGCGAGACAGAGGGGGCGUACCGGCCAAAGGGAGCCCUCGUUCUCCACCCUCGUCCAGUUUGGCCGUGCAGGUGGUGGAUGGCGAGGGGCGGCCGGUGCGCUCAUUCCGCUGCGAGCACUGUCGCAUCUUCUUCCUGGACCACGUCAUGUUCACCAUCCACAUGGGCUGCCAUGGCUUCCGCCAGCCUUUUGAAUGCAACAUCUGCGGCCACCGCAGCCAGGACCGCUACGAGUUCUCCUCGCACAUCGUCCGAGGAGAGCACCAAGUGGGCUGAACCAUGUGGUAGUGGGGGUGGGGGGGUUGGCACGCAGGCAGGACGGGUAUUUCAAAGUGGGAAAGAAGAAGGUAAGGAGGGACGCAUGCUGCUUUCAGAUGAUACGGAGUCCAGUUUGGUCUGCACCAGAUCAGGAGCAGGGGGGGGGACAUACUGAGCACUUGCUUUUAGUAUUAGUAAACAGCGGGCUUUCAAUUUCCGAAGGCUAAGAGGCAUGGGCACACAGGGAGUAUUGCCUGUGCUUAAAGAAAUAAAAUUUAGAGGAGUUUGAGUAGAACCAUCGGGACUGAAUCCCACUCUCCGGUUGAACUCCCUAAUCAAUUAAUUUGGCAAGACGCAGCUGUUUUGCUUUAGAAGUGCCUUUCUCCAGUGGGGUUUACCUUUUCUGGGUUAGAUAGAGAAUCUUGGUGCUCGAGCAUGCUGCAGCAGGAGGCAAGGGUUAGCAAAAUCUUGCCAGCAGCAUUUCCGUACUGCAUUUUCGAGGUUGUGAGGAGUGUAUGGGUUUGUGUGAAUGACGAGAGCGAAUGAAACGAGAUCCACAGCUGUAGUAUAGUCUAAAGUGUACAGACGUUGUGUUCGUACUCCUUUUAUGGUCAUUUUAAGAGUCUGUGGAAUUCAGAGGACUCAGGGAGGACACAGGGGACUGAAGGAAAAACUAUGAAGUAGCAGCAUAAGCUGCAGCCCUCUAUAAGACUCAGAGACAAAGAGAGAGACAGGAGAUCUGUGUGUUAGCCAUAUAAACGGAGCACACACACACAUUGCCUUAAGUAGUUGCUUUAUAUUAACCCUGAGUUAUCUAGUUGAAUGGAGUAUACUGUUUAAUGUUGCGGUUUCAGGAGGCACCGUAAAACUCGUCUUUAAUCCUGAGAUGGCACAGCGUUCAUUAGGGGGUUUUAAAAAUUAGGCCACGUCUUAGACAGAAUAUAUCUAAAAUGCUCAUGCUAAAUGUUUUAUUUAAGUAAAAACUAACUUGAAGAAAAAAAAAAAAACAUGCCUUAGUAUUGGAGUGUACCACAGCAGAUAACCUUGGUCCUGCUCAAUUCUCGGAUUUGCUGGUUUCCUUUGUGCCUCAGAACUCGAUUGUUGUUUUUACCUAGAUAGACCUCACCUCAGUGGCGAUGAUAAAAGUUCAUUGCAAUCGCUCCUCAGGAAUAGAGGAGUGUAUUGCAUCGUUCUUGCAGUACGAAAGUCCCCCUUAUAUCCAGCCUGUGCAACAAACCUGUUGAUGAAACGUUUGCCUAGCUUUAGUUAAUGAGGUACGUUUGUUUAAUUUUUUUUUAAACAAAAAAUGGGCUAAAUGCUGCAUACUAAGCGAUUGCAAACGGGUGUAACAAACCACAGCGCAGCAAAUGGAGCCUUAACGUGCUGGUGCAGAUCAAACGAAGACCCAUAUUGCAUUCUGUGACUCUGAUGAACGAUGAAGAGGGGAUGAUACCUCGGGGGAGGUUUGCACUUUUCUAACUCUCUGCUUAAAUGUGAGUGUUUCCGCUGGGGCUGUCGGGUUGG